AUGUUCCGCACCGCCGCCCUCCGAUCCGUCGCGCAGAUGGCCGCCCGCCCUGUCGCCCGCCACGCCGCCGUCGCCCUCCGCAGGAGAGCCGCCGUCGCCGCUGCUGCUGCGCCCCGCGUCCAGAUCGCCCCUCGCGCCGCCGCGUGGACGGCCGUCCGGUGCUACGCCUCGGGCGGUGGCCUGAAGAAGGAGGAGGUCGAGGGCCGCAUCAUGGCCCUGCUGCAGGGCUUCGACAAGGUUAACGACCCGAGCAACAUCAAGCCCACCGCCCACUUCGCCAACGACCUGGGCCUGGACAGCCUGGACACCGUCGAGGUCGUCAUGGCCAUUGAGGAGGAGUUCAGCAUCGAGAUCCCCGACAAGGACGCCGAUGCCAUCCACAGCAUCGACAAGGCCGUCGAGUACAUCUGCGCCCAGCCCGGCGCCAACUAA